GUACUUCCUUCUCACCACUAACUACCAUAACCAACUCUUUCCUCUUCACUUCACAGUUCUUACAACUAAAAUAUAAACCUAUCACCAUUCACUUGAGAAGAAGAGGAAACCCAGAAAUAAAAAUCAAAUCUUUUUGUAUUGAAAUUCGGUUUUCUCUAUCAAAUUUACUCUUUUUCCUCUCUAAUUUUGAUACAGAGAGGAAAAACAGAGGAGGGCUCUGUUUUUUUUUACUUUUUUUUGUUAACUUAGUGUACUAGAAUGGCUUCUUUGGUAUCAUCACCAUUUACUUUACCAUCAACAAAACCAGACCAGCUCUCUUCUUUAUCUCAAAAACACUAUUUUCUCCACUCAUUUCUUCCCAAGAAAACAAACUUACACUCAAAAUCAAACUUGAAGCUAAAAUGUAAUGCCAUUGGCAAUGGUCUUUUCACUCAAACCACACAAGAAGUUCGCCGAAUAGUACCCGAGAAUGUCAAGAAUCUCCCAUUAGUCAAGAUUGUUUAUGUAGUUCUUGAAGCCCAAUACCAAUCCUCACUCACUGCUGCAGUUCAGUCACUCAACCAAACCUCUAAAUUUGCUCAGUUUCAAGUUGUUGGUUACUUAGUCGAAGAGCUUCGCGACAAGAACACUUAUGAAACGUUCUGUAAAGAUGUUGAGGAUGCAAAUAUCUUUAUCGGGUCAUUGAUUUUCGUUGAGGAGUUGGCAUUGAAAGUUAAAGCUGCUGUUGAGAAAGAAAGAGACAGGCUUGAUGCUGUCUUGGUGUUUCCUUCAAUGCCUGAAGUAAUGAGGCUGAACAAAUUGGGUUCUUUUAGUAUGUCACAGCUUGGUCAGUCUAAAAGUCCAUUUUUUCAACUGUUCAAGAAGAAGAAGCAAGGGGCUGGUUUUGCUGAUAGUAUGUUGAAGUUGGUAAGAACUUUACCUAAGGUUUUGAAGUACUUACCUAGUGAUAAAGCUCAGGAUGCUAGGCUUUAUAUCUUGAGUUUGCAGUUUUGGCUUGGUGGUUCUCCUGAUAAUUUGCAGAAUUUCUUGAAAAUGAUUUCUGGGUCUUAUAUACCUGCAUUGAAAGGGGAAAAGAUUGCUUAUUCUGAUCCAGUUUUGUUUUUGGAUACUGGAAUUUGGCAUCCUUUAGCUCCUUGUAUGUAUGAUGAUGUGAAGGAGUAUUUGAAUUGGUAUGGAACUAGAAGAGACGCUAAUGAGGCGCUAAAAUCGCCUAAUGCGCCGGUUAUUGGAUUGGUUUUGCAAAGAAGUCAUAUUGUAACUGGUGAUGAUGGUCACUAUGUAGCUGUGAUCAUGGAAAUGGAGGCAAAAGGUGCUAAGGUGAUACCGAUUUUCGCUGGUGGGCUUGAUUUUUCAGGGCCAGUCGAGAAGUUUUUGAUCGAUCCGGUCACUAAGAAAUCGAUGGUGAAUUCAGUUGUAUCGUUGACUGGUUUUGCUCUUGUUGGUGGUCCAGCAAGGCAGGAUCAUCCUAGAGCAGUUGAGGCUUUGAUGAAGCUUGAUGUGCCUUACAUUGUUGCAUUGCCUUUGGUGUUUCAAACAACUGAGGAAUGGCUGAAUAGCACUUUGGGAUUGCACCCAAUUCAGGUUGCUUUACAAGUUGCUCUUCCUGAGCUUGAUGGUGGUAUGGAGCCCAUUGUUUUCGCUGGCCGUGAUCCAAGAACAGGAAAAUCGCAUGCGCUUCACAAGAGGGUGGAGCAACUUUGCACUAGGGCAAUCAGAUGGGCGGAACUGAAAAGGAAAUCAAAGGCUGAGAAGAAGUUAGCAAUUACUGUGUUCAGUUUCCCUCCAGACAAAGGGAAUGUUGGAACAGCAGCGUACCUGAAUGUCUUCUCCUCCAUCUUCUCGGUCCUAAAGGAUCUCAAAAAAGAUGGCUAUAACCUUGAAGGCCUCCCGGAGACUUCAGAAGCCUUAAUUGAAGACGUACUUCAUGAUAAAGAAGCUCAAUUCAGCAGCCCGAAUUUGAAUGUUGCUUACAAAAUGGGUGUUCGCGAGUACCAAAGCCUUACCCCUUACGCCACAGCAUUGGAAGAAAACUGGGGUAAACCUCCAGGCAAUUUGAACUCUGAUGGAGAAAAUCUCUUGGUUUACGGAAAACAAUAUGGUAAUGUCUUCAUCGGUGUCCAGCCCACUUUUGGUUACGAAGGUGAUCCGAUGAGGCUGCUGUUCUCCAAAUCUGCUAGCCCGCAUCAUGGAUUUGCCGCUUAUUAUUCCUUUGUUGAGAAAAUUUUCAAAGCUGAUGCAGUACUUCAUUUUGGUACUCAUGGUUCGCUCGAAUUCAUGCCCGGAAAGCAAGUUGGAAUGAGUGAUGCUUGUUUUCCCGACAGUCUCAUCGGGAACAUCCCCAAUGUCUAUUAUUACGCGGCUAACAACCCAUCUGAAGCUACCAUAGCCAAACGUCGAAGCUAUGCAAACACGAUUAGCUAUUUGACUCCUCCAGCCGAAAAUGCUGGUCUAUACAAGGGUCUUAAACAGUUGGGUGAGCUUAUCUCUUCAUACCAGUCCCUUAAAGACACUGGUCGUGGGCCGCAAAUUGUGAGCUCCAUUAUUAGUACUGCUAAGCAAUGUAAUCUUGACAAAGAUGUUGAUUUACCUGAUGAGGGUGAGGAGCUUCCUGCAAAAGAGAGAGAUCUUGUGGUUGGAAAGGUAUACUCUAAGAUCAUGGAGAUUGAGUCCCGUCUUUUGCCAUGUGGACUUCACGUCAUUGGAGAGCCUCCAUCUGCCAUGGAGGCAGUUGCUACUCUAGUCAAUAUUGCUGCACUGAAUCGUCCAGACGAAGGGAUCUCUGCUCUCCCAUCUAUUUUAGCUGAAAGCGUCGGACGAAACAUAGAGGAAGUGUAUAGAGGGAGUGACAAGGGAAUCUUGAAGGAUGUUGAGCUUCUCAGGCAAAUAACUGACACAUCACGUGGGGCCGUCACUGCAUUUGUAGAGAAGACAACUAAUAAGAAGGGUCAAGUUGUAGAUGUUGCAGAUAAACUAACCUCAAUCCUUGGGUUUGGUGUGAAUGAACCGUGGAUUCAGUACUUGUCCGACACAAAAUUUUAUCGAGCAGACAGAGAGAAGCUCAGGGUGCUUUUCCAGUUCCUUGGAGAUUGUUUGAAACUGGUGGUUGCUGACAACGAGCUGGGGAGUUUGAAACAAGCUUUGGAGGGAAAAUACGUUGAGCCUGGUCCUGGUGGUGAUCCAAUCAGAAACCCGAAAGUGCUGCCAACUGGAAAGAAUAUCCAUGCACUUGACCCACAAGCCAUUCCUACAACAGCAGCAUUGCAGAGUGCAAAAAUUGUGGUUGAUAGAUUAGUCGAGAGGCAGAAGGCUGACAAUGGUGGAAAAUAUCCAGAGACAAUUGCACUUGUGCUGUGGGGAACUGACAACAUCAAGACUUAUGGCGAGUCACUGGCUCAGGUAAUGUGGAUGAUUGGAGUCACGCCAGUUGCUGAUACUUUUGGUAGGGUUAACCGGGUUGAGCCAGUAAGUCUUGAAGAGCUUGGAAGGCCUAGGAUUGAUGUCGUUGUCAAUUGCUCAGGAGUUUUCAGAGAUCUCUUCAUCAAUCAGAUGAACCUCCUUGACCGAGCAGUGAAAAUGGUGGCUGAACUCGACGAGCCAGCUGAGCAGAACUUUGUCAGGAAGCAUGCUUUAGAACAAGCUGCAGCCCUUGGCAUCGACGUCCGCGAAGCUGCAACUCGGGUAUUCUCUAAUGCCUCGGGAUCUUACUCCUCAAACGUCAACCUUGCAGUGGAAAAUUCCUCUUGGAAUGACGAGAAGCAACUUCAAGAUAUGUACUUGAGCCGGAAGUCCUUUGCCUUCGACUCUGAUGCACCAGGUGCUGGCAUGCUGGAGAAGAGAAAAGUUUUUGAGAUGGCUCUUAGCACAGCCGAAGCCACAUUCCAAAACCUCGAUUCCUCGGAAAUCUCACUAACUGAUGUCAGCCAUUACUUCGAUUCUGACCCAACAAACCUUGUCCAGAACUUGAGGAAGGACGGAAAGAAGCCUAGUGCAUAUGUAGCAGACACAACAACAGCUAAUGCUCAGGUACGCACACUUGCGGAGACUGUAAGGCUCGAUGCACGAACCAAAUUGCUGAACCCCAAGUGGUAUGAAGGAAUGAUGUCAAGCGGAUACGAAGGUGUUCGUGAAAUCGAGAAGCGCCUAACUAACACAGUUGGAUGGAGUGCAACAUCAGGCCAAGUUGACAACUGGGUUUAUGAAGAAGCCAACUCAACUUUCAUUAAAGAUGAGGAAAUGCUGAAGAGACUUAUGAACACCAAUCCAAACUCUUUCAGAAAGUUAGUGCAGACAUUCUUAGAAGCGAACGGCCGCGGCUACUGGGAAACUUCAGAGGAUAAUAUUGAGAAGUUGAGACAGCUUUACUCAGAAGUUGAAGACAAGAUCGAAGGAAUCGAUAGGUAAAUAGUUAAAACUGUUAGAAAGACAGUAGAUUGCAAAUACAUUCACAUUGUUGACUCUUUCUUGUAAGUGAUUAAAAGGAUGCAAUUUCCUGGAACACUUAAAUUUGUAAAAGUAGUUCAUAAAUGUCACUCAGUAAUUCAAUCUCCUUCUUUCUGCAA